GCGUCGUCGUGUGACAUGGUAUUUAGCAGCGACACCACAAAAACAGGAAUAGUGACGUCACCAGGCUAUCCGAAUCCCUAUCCACCUCGAUCAACCUGCAGUUAUGAUUUCCACGGCCGAGGGAAGGAGAGGGUACAAAUCGUCUUCCAGGAUUUCAAUUUAGUGGACGCACCCGGUGACCCCAAAGGAUGUGACAACGUGGAUUCUUUGGUGGCGUUUAUCCCUAUUGGCGGUAAAAUGGAGAGAAUCGACGCAUUCUGUGGGACAACUCCCCGGCCAUUAAUGAGCAAUGGUGCUCGGCUUUUAUUGGAAUUCCAUGGAGUUCAGUCAUCGCGACAGGCACGAGGCUUCAAAGCCAUAUAUUCAUUUACCGAGAACUUCGGAAUAACAACUGGACGACAAGAAUCCAGUUUUACAUGCGCAUUUGUAUUCAACAGUAAUGAAACACGAAAUGGUACAUUUGCAUCACCAAAUUAUCCUGGAUUUUAUCCCCGUGACACAGAGUGCCAUUAUUUUUUUAACGGCCAGCAGACGGAAAAAGUUCACCUGCAUUUCCAUUAUUUUGACGUUGAAGGAGUACUACCUUGUGAAGCAGUGUCAGCAAGCGAUUACGUCGAAUUUUCAAACUAUAUGUCACCCGAUCGGAAGCACUCGCGACAUUGCGGGCAACUGAAGGAGUUCGACAUCAAAAGCGACCGGAAGUUCUUCCGGGUGACAUUCAAAAGUAACGAUCGGCUGGACGGGACAGGCUUCAAUGCCAGCUAUGUCUUCUUCGACGAGGAGGAUAAUUAUACUAUGAAGACACCUCUUAAUGGAUCCACUUCCACGGCGUCAAAAGCAGUAAUACUAGGAUUAUAUGUCCUAUUUAUAAUCGGUAUUAUCACCGAUAAAUUUUACUAG